CUGCAAAGCACAAAGUCAUACUGAACACACGGGCACACGACACGGCACCAUAACAUCAGGCCAUCAGCCAGUGUAAAAAUUUCCAAAAACCCUAGCAAAACCUCUCGGAGCACAACAAUGGCUGCGGUGGAGAUAGAUUUAGAAAAGCUCCCGUUCGACCUUGAUUUUCAUCCGUCUGAUAAUCUUGUCGCUACUGGUCUAAUCACUGGUGACCUUCUUCUGCAUCGUUACACCGCGGAUUCUCAACCUAAAAGGCUGUUCGCGGUACAUGCACAUACUGAAUCCUGCAGAGCGGUCAGAUUCAUCAAUGAUGGACGGACAAUCCUAACGGGAUCACCAGAUUGUUCUAUCCUUGCUACUGAUGUUGAAACUGGAUCAGAAGUUGCUCGUGUGGAGAAUUCUCAUGGGGCUGCUGUUAAUCGAAUUGUCAAUUUAACGGAGUCAACCGUUGCCUCUGGGGAUGAUGAGGGUUGUGUAAAGGUGUGGGAUACUCGACAAAAUUCGUGCUGCAAUUCUUUUCAAGUCCAUGAGGAAUACAUUUCAGAUAUUACUUUUGCACCUGAUUCCAUGAAAUUACUUGCGACAAGUGGUGAUGGGACUCUCUCUGUCUGCAACUUACGAAGCAAUAAGGUCCAAACUCAGUCAGAGUUUUCUGAAGAUGAGCUGCUUUCUGUUGUGAUUAUGAAGAAUGGUAGAAAAGUUAUCUGUGGGACUCAGGGUGGAACUCUGUUAUUGUACUCCUGGGGCUUCUUUAAGGAUUGCAGUGAUCGGUUUGUCGAUUUGUCACCAAACUCGGUGGAUGCACUGUUGAAACUUGAUGAAGAUAGAGUAAUCACUGGAUCUGAGAAUGGACUUAUCAGUUUGGUGGGAAUAUUACCAAACAGAGUAAUUCAGCCAAUUGCCGAACAUUCAGAAUAUCCUGUUGAGCGUCUCGCUUUCUCUUAUGAUAAAAAGUUUCUUGGGAGCAUAUCACAUGAUCAGACAUUGAAGCUGUGGGAUUUGGAUGAAAUACUGUCAAGUUCUGGAGAUACCACGAAUCAGGCAGCUGAAGCUGAUAGUGAUAGUGAUAGUGAUGAAAUGGAGAUUGAUGAUAGUAUUCCAAAAUCAUCCAAAGGAAAGAAGACGAAAACCACAAGUAAAGGGCAAAGCACAAGUAGUUCAAGCUUCUUUGCAGAUUUAUAGGUUGAUCAAGGGUUAAAUUGCUAAAGUGAGUCAAAUCUUGAAAAAUAGCUGGAUUUAUUAUUAUCAAACAAAGUUAUUGAGUUCUUACUUUAUAUGGGGAGUUCUCACAAUGCUUGUUGCUCUAAUCGAAGUCCCAAACCUGAGAUGAACCUUGGGCUUCCUGCUACUAUCUCAAAAUUUUGUUGUUCUAUAGUAUUAUUACUAUUAGUCUUUAGAUUUAGAUUUAUUUCAAUUUCAUAAAAUUAAGAGUUACUCUGUAUGUGGCUUAUAAAUCAGUAAAUUGCUGUGUGGUUUGACAAGGAUUGGUUUAUGAAGCUAUUACUUGGUAAA